UCUUGACAAGAUGGCGUAUGCGGUUGUUUUGCCGCAGGGACACUGAACAAAUUAUACAAUUUCUCGUGUAAAUUCGUCGACAUCGCAGUAGCAUAACUGUUAAAAAAAGUGUUUUGUUAGACGCGCAAAGCCAGUGGAUAUCUACCAUGAAAGGGAAAGAGCGGUCGCCGGUGAAAAAGCGUUCAAGGGCCUUGGAUGAUAUACGAGACAGGGGAGGAAGCCACCCGACCAGUAAGAAAAUGGGGGUUAUCUCGAUUUCUGGCGGUGGGAGCAACAACGGCAAUAGUUCUUCUAAAAGCGAAGGAGGUUCUGCACGACGGGGGCUGAUCGGAGACAAAAGAGAUGGAAGGGAUUUUGACGGACAUGUCUCCAGUCGGACUGGAAAUAACCACGGUUACACCAGCCCUGUUGCAAGCUCGAGCGGUAAAAAUCAUGCGUCGAGCUUGUCCUUAGAGGCGGCCGCGCGCACCAACUCGCGUGGAGAAUCGCGCGCCCCGCUUCCCACCAACGAAAGUGAGUACAAAACUUUAAAAAUCAGCGAGCUCGGCUCCCAGCUGAGCGACGAGGAAAUCGAGGACGGCCUUUUCCACGAAUUCAAAAAAUUUGGUGAUGUGAGUGUUAAAAUUAGCCGAGUCAACGACGAGAGAAUCGCAUUCGUCAACUUUAGGAGACCGGAUGAUGCCAGGGCGGCAAAGCACGCGCGAGGCCGGCUGGUGCUGUAUGACCGUCCUUUGAAAAUUGAGGCUGUCUACUUGAAUAGGCGGAGAAGCCGCUCUCCGGUAGAUAAGGACCAUUUCUCUGUCGUAGCAGGCCAUAGACAUUUGCAUACCCAGAGGCCGCUCUCUCCAACCGGUCUGGGUUACAGAGACUACCGGUUACAGCAGCUAGCGCUGGGUCGGCUUCCUCCUCCCCCACCCCCUCCCUUACCCAGAGAGCUUGAAAGAGAAAGAGAAUUUGCCUUUUAUGAAGCGAGGGCGCGGCCCGCGUACAUCGCAGAGCGAGCCGCUCCUUUCCGCGAGGAGGACUUCAUCUCUCCAGAGGACGACCAGAGAGCCAACCGCACACUAUUUCUGGGUAAUUUGGAUAUUACUGUGACUGAAAAUGAUUUGAGGAGGGCUUUUGAACGAUUUGGGACCAUCACUGAGGUGGACAUAAAAAGACCCUCUCGGGGCCAGAGCAGCACCUAUGGCUUUCUUAAAUUUGAGAACUUGGACAUGGCCCAUAGAGCAAAAAUUAGCAUGUCUGGGAAAGUAGUGGGCCGAAACCCCAUAAAAAUUGGCUAUGGCAAAGCCACCCCCACCACACGCCUCUGGGUGGGCGGUCUUGGACCUUGGGUGCCUCUGACUGCUUUAGCCAGGGAAUUUGACCGCUUUGGCACUAUUAGGACUAUAGACUACAGAAAAGGGGACACCUGGGCUUAUAUUCAGUAUGAAAGCCUGGAUGCCGCUCAGGCAGCCUGCACACACAUGCGUGGAUUUCCUCUCGGUGGUCCCGACAGGAGGCUCAGGGUGGACUUCGCUGACACAGAGCACCGCUACCAGCAGCAGUUCUUGCAGCCCCUCCCUUUGCAACACUAUGAAAUUGUGGCUGAGUCUUUUGUCCAUCGCGCCACCCCCGAGGCCAUCAGGGUCCGAGAACGGACUCCCCCACCACUGCACUUCAGAGAACGAGAACUGUAUGCCGGGGCUGAAUGGCCUGCCCCUGCUAUUCGUGAACGUGUACGAACUCCUGCAUUUGAGCCCCUUGAACAUUUGGAGCGUGAACGACGGCGAGAGGCGUGGUCAUUGGAGCGGGAGCUACCGGCCAGGGACGCUGCACGCAAACGACGGCUCAUGGAGGAUGGGAGACAUCUGGAGUGUUCGCCUGACAGCAGCAGCGAGUGGGCGGCCCGACGUCGCAGACCGCCGUCCCUUGAAGGCAGCCCGGGUGGGAGCAGCCGAGACGGACGAUUCAGCGACUCAGAGCGGCCAGCGAGAGCGGACCGGGUGUCCCCUGCACGAGAGAGCCGCAGCAGCCUGGACCGAGCCCCUGGUGAGAAACGCAUGAAAGGCAGCAGCCUCUCAGAAUCCGGUGUCGGCGCAAGUCCAGCGGAAAGAAAACGCAAGGCAGGUGAUUCAGCCAAAGGCGCCUCCAAGAGGGACAGAUCCGAGAACAGCUCCAAAAGCAGCCAGGCUUCAAAGCAGGAUGCAGGGGGCAAGCUGAGCAUGGCCUGGAAUGGCAUGCUGCUCCUAAAGAACAGUAACUUCCCAGCCAGCAUGCAUCUCCUGGAGGGGGACCUGAACGUCGCCACCAGUCUCCUUAUCGACGGCAGCACGGGCGGCAAAGUCACUCAGCUGCGCAUCACGCAACGCCUUCGCCUCGACCAGCCCAAGAUCGACGAAGUGUCUCGCCGCAUCAAAGUCGCAGGCCCGGGUGGGUAUGCGGUUCUACUGGCAGUUCCAGGCAGCACAGAGGAGACUUCGUCUUCGGACCCAGCAGCAUCGACGCAGAGGCCCCUGCGCAACUUGGUUUCGUACCUGAAGCAAAAGCAGGCCGCCGGGGUCAUCAGUUUACCCGUCGGGGGCAGUAGAGAUAAGGACAACACUGGGGUCCUGCACGCAUUUCCACCUUGUGAUUUCUCUCAGCAGUUCUUAGAUUCCUCUGCGAAAGCUCUUGCCAAAACGGAAGAGGACUUCCUGGUCAUGAUCAUUGUGCGAGGAGCAUCCUAACAAUCAUAUUAUACACUAAAGUAUUGUUAAAUGCAAGCUUCUCUUAAUGUCUCUUAAUUGCAUGCUCUCUAAAGCAGAAGUGGUACUAGAGUAAAGGGCAAAUGUUAUUACCUGCUCUGCCAAACAUGUACAAAAAAAAAAAAAAAGAGAGAGAAAAAGGCCCAUUCGUAUAGCAAAGUUUAGCUCUAUAGCAAUAUAUUUGUUUUCCAUUGCAAUUUAUUCAGAUGUCUAGUUUGUGAUAAGUUGUACCCUGCGUAAAAGAAUGAAUGAUAUUGGGCAUAUUAGAAUAGAAAUUUAAUUUGCUAUUGGUCAUUAAACACUGUCUAGUUACAAUACUUCCCAUCAACAUGUAUUUCAGUCAGAUUCCAGACAGUUAUCCCUGUACAAAAUCAUUUCUGUGUUCAUUCAUGUUCAUGGUUAUCAAUUGAUCCGAUUUAAUGGGAACCUGGUUUGUGUGUCUUGAUGCUUUGAACAAUCAUUCAGUAAAGGGGAGUGUAAAAUAGGGUAUAUAGUGUUGUAGGCAACUAAAACCGGCAGAAUAUUUUGCUCAGUGAACUGCAUGUUAAUGCUAGAGUUCUACUGUAAGCUGUUGCAGAGGUUUAAUAUACAAAGAUGUAGCCAAAAAUGUCAUCAGUGUUAUAUUGAUUGAAGCAGCCUGCGUUUUAACACCCCUUAUCACAUUAAAAAUAAUUUGUGAACAUAUUUUGAUUAUAAAAGUAGGUAAUUCUAAGCCCUCCUUAGACCAAAGCAUAACGUCAAGCAUCAAAUUUUGUGUUUAAAGAAGAAAAAGGUAUUUCACACAUACUGUUUUUUUUUUUUUUUAUGUUUUUGGCUUACAUUUGAAAGGUUUUGAAUGAAGCAUGAUUCCGGUUUCAAAGUGAGAUUGUGUUAAAUUAUGAUGGGUGUCCGAUAAUUAAUUUGAUUGCAUAAUGUGAUUUUAAUUUUAUUUUCCCCAUAGGACUGUCAUAAUUUUCCAGAUAAAUCCUCUUUACAGUGAAAUUGUUAAUACUGGUAUUCUUAUAAAGGUCUCUUUAUAAAGAUACAAAAGCAGACAUUUCAAAUCAUCAAUGUUAUAAGUGCAUGUGGCCUAUAAUGUAAAAUUUUGUCAUUGUCACCUAUAAUUUGCUAAAUAUGCCAUGUGGAUAGCACUGAGAAUUUAAAGAAAUGAAGCCCACAUAUUUGUACAAAAACAGAGACUUGAUGCCCUAAUAAUUUGGUCCUAUGUUUUAUUUCAUUGACAUACCUUCAGUUGACAAUAUAGACGUACAUUUAAGUAUGUUUAUUGUUUAACAGCCAUUUAUGUUUGAAAUAUUACACACUGUUGUGGUUCUUAGGUGUUUGCAUUGUUCAAAUGGUUUUAAAAUGACAGUCUAUACUUUUCUCUGAAAUCCUGAAGAAGUAGAAAUUUGUGUUCUUAGUCUGUUUAGCUAAUUGCAGUGUACUGAUCUGAUGCAUAACUAACAUCUUUUCAUGUAUGACUUUUCUAUUCUUCACACUAAAUUGUGUUUUAAAAGUUGAUCGAUUGGUGAUUUCAUGAUAUAACAGCUCUUUGUGUACACGAUUAAAUGGACAUACUUGUACGUUCAGUCCCGGCCACACAGGACAGGACAGCAAAUGGACCAUUCCACAAGUGGACUUCACAUGGCUGGAAGCAGAAAUAAUUGUUUGAAAUGAUUCAGGAGCCCUUUGGAUGCACAGGGGCAAGAGCUUUCCAUUUAGUGUUAGUGUACUCUCACUGAGAGCAUCUACCUGCUUGUGUAAUUGUUUUUUUUUCUUUUUCUUUUUUUUUCUCGUGCUUACAAUUCCCAUAUUUAAACGGAAAUAAUGACACUCUUGAUUUGUGCUGUGUUUACCUAAUUUCUUGAUUGGGGAGAAAGAGGAAGCGUCACUCACUCCUUGCACAGCUCUUGACGUGGCUGUUUGUACACACACAAAAAGUGCACUGGCCCCUCAUUUGAUUAUAACACGCUAUCAAUAAAUUGUUUCAUUUGAGGGA